CACCCCAACAUAUGACCUUUAAGACACAAAAUACACAGAAUUAGACGUUUGGUAACCGUGACAAUGGAAUAUUCUGGGGAUCAGCUCUCUUGGCCCCGGGGCGAAGCGAAACAGACCGACGAUCAUCCCGCGGACGCCGCGGCCGAGGCCAGCCGGCAGCGCAGGAAGGUCCAGAACCGGAAGAACCAACGAGCACACCGACUACGGCUCAAGGGUCGAGACCCAGGGAUUGUUCUGAGGUCGCGCCCAUUCCAGGUCAGGCGCUGGCGCCUUGACGAGCCCGAUGAUUGUUCCUCCCAGGAAAUCUCGCCGGCAUCAGAGCGCGCAACCACGACGUCCUUCCCUCCCCAACCGCCUCACUCGUACACAGACAUAUCACCCUCCACAGCCAAGGGUACCGCCCUCCUAGGAUCUCCGUCCACUGCCCACAUCCACUCUCCCGUAGUCUUUGAACCCCAGCCCUUUACUUUUCCUCUCUCCUCGGACCACCUCCUCCAUCUCAUCCAUUAUAACGUUUUCCGCGCCUUAAUAGCUAACAAGCGUACCCUUAACACCAUUCCUGUCGACCCGACCCGCUGCAUCCUUACCUCGCCCUGCCGCGAUGACACGACCCUCUAUCCCCUCAACCCCAACAUGCCUCCCUCCCUCGUCCCGAGCACCUUCCAGCGAACUCGCUGCCACUCUACCUGGAUUAACGUCUUCCCCUUCCCCCGCUUCCGCGACAACCUUAUCAGAUACGAAGGCUGCUUUGACCCCUGGGAGCUGAUGCAGGAUCUCGUUGGCGACUUCAUACCCUGGACACCAGCCCCGCGGCGACAAGGGACCCCCGUUUCCGCCACCGUCCCCGAGGCCUUAACCAUUUCAUCAGAAAGUGAUACCGACGAAGUCACCGGUGGGCGCAAGGGACUCAUCGUCUGGGGUGAGCCGCACGAGAUGAAGAGCUGGGAAGCCACCCCCGGGUUUCUCGCGAAAUGGGCAUGGGCCGUGGAAGGCUGUGAGGAGUUUGUGGAAAUAAGCAACCACUGGAGGAUGAAACGGGGGGAGGAACCUAUGCGAUUCGCGACGUUUAAGGGCAUUCCACCACCGCCGCUCCCGCCCGCAGCGCCAGGUGGACGUUAGGUGUGUCAGUACUGGCAGAGUCAACAUUUACAUCUGGUUCGUCCGGCUUGCCAACUCUGAUUCCAUCGGUACGAAACACGGUAGGCAUGAUGCAACAUGGUCUUUUCAAAGAACAUGACAGUUCAAACUCGAAUGGGCUAUAGAGAAGUGGAAGAAACAAUGGCCAGUUGGGUCAGGGGUCAGCCUUAUGCAAUUAUCAUUGACUGGACUGCGGCCCACAGGUUCACGUUAGCCCCGUCAGCUGUGGUUGAUGAUAGUUGAUUGAUUCCAAGUUUGGAUAUGGGCAGCGAAGUCCGCCAAACCGCCGAAGCGCCGAGGAUGGCCCCCCGGUCCCACUUGAACAAUCCACAUCUCAAGAUGCUGGCGAGUCAAGAAGGUAUCGCUCGGAAGCUUGGAAGACUAGCGGGGAUAAACAGCUUGAGGUCUUUCCCUUGACGACCAUGGGGGUUUCGGAAGCGCCGGAAGAGGUUGACGUGAGAGACUACAAUAUCCUGAUGGGUCUACCUAGAUCCUGUCGGAUUUGGGCUCUAUUCUGUCCUAAGAUGUAUUAGGUUGCAUAAAAUCUGGAAUGAAUGUCCCCUGCCCUUAAAAUAUGGUGGGUAUUGACAAGUGUUUGAGAGCCCUAACCCUUUGCCCAUCUACUAGUAGUUCAGCUGUAGAUCCCUUUCAUAAGAAU